CAGAUGCUGUGCAAGGUGUGGGGGGUGGGGAUGUUCAGCAUCGUUGCCCUCACCACCAGCAACAUCCUACUGACGCUGCGCCUCAUGCACGGGCGUGAGGAGGUGGGCGUGGGCGGCGGGUGUGGGGGCGUGGUGAUCCCAGACGCUGUGCCACACUCCUGGACCUCCGCCCUCUCCUCCACCAACCACACCGAGUACCUGGCCUUCCUCCGCUCGGCGGCCAUCAACACGGACUCGGCUGCAGGAGCGGAGAACGACGAGGGCGCGCAGGACGCGGGCGUAGUGAUGGGCGCGGGCUUCGUGGUGGACGAAGUCAUGGGCCGAUGGGACGGCCGGAGACGCUACAAGACCCACGACCACGUGUUCACAGGGCCCCAGUACCCGAAGCUCUCUAGAGUGGCGCCGGUGUGCCUGGCCACACAAUCCUCCGUGGACAGACUCUUCUGGCUAACGCAGGUGGCGAGGUAUUGGCGGGCGCCCAUGUCGGUGGCGGUGUUCACUCCGGAUGUGGAGUACGCCAUCGCCCGCGCCUACCUCACCUACCUGGUGGCCUGCUUCCCCUUCCUGGGGGAGAAGGUGACCUUCCACUUCACCUACCCGAGGGAACACCUGCCCAAGGAUCUCACCCUCACCAUCGACCACCUGGAGGAUAAGUGCGACCAGCCGCUCUCAGUCCUCAAAGGUCUACUUAAGCAGAGGAGUGCCAAG